ACAAGUUGAGUAAAAAUCAGCAACUAUCCAAACAAAGUCAGUUAAAAAGGUUACAUCCUUUCAUUGACAGCUCCGGGUUAAUACGUGUGGACGGUCGUUUGUCUCAGUCAAACUUGUCAGACAGCAUGAAGUUUCCAAUAGUACUGCCAUCAAAGUCCAGACUAACUCGAUUAUUGUUUGAAUACGARCACAAACGUUUGUUACACAUUGGACCACAAGGAUUGCUAGCUCAUAUUCAAGGCACCUUCUGGCCAAUAAGGGGACGAAUAAUUGCAAAAAGUGUAGUACAUAAGUGCCUCAUAUGUUACAAAACCAAGCCUACUCUACAAGUACCAUUGAUGRCGCCCCUACCCCGAGCUAGAGUAACGAUGGAACGGCCYUUUGCACRAAUAGGUGUAGAUUUUUGUGGCCCCAUACACAUACGAAGUGGCAUACGCAAGGUCCAAUCCAUUAAAAGUUAUAUUGCGGUAUUUGUUUGUUUUGUUACCAGGGCAAUACAUUUAGAACUCGUUAGUGACUUAACAACAAGUGCUUUCAUGGCUGCCCUCUUCCGGUUCAUGUCUAGACGCGGGCAAUGCGCCCAUAUUUACAGUGAUAAUGGCACCAACUUUGUUGGUGCAGAAAAGGAGCUAACCUCAUAUUUUAAGWUUGUAUCUGGUAAGCGUUCAAUCCAAGAAACCGUAGCAGAUCAUGGCAUACAGUGGCAUUUCAUACCUCCAGCAGCACCCCACUUUGGCGGAUUAUGGGAGGCAGCGGUAAAAUCUACUAAGGCACACUUAAUAAAAAUGUCAGGUAGUGCGCUUCUCAACUUUGAAGAAAUGGCUACACUUUUAUGUAGAAUUGAAGCAGUACUCAACAGUCGUCCAUUGACUCCAGCCUCUAACUGUCCGUCAGACUAUACUGCACUAACACCAGCGCAUUUCCUA